UCCAGCAGUUGUCAAGGUCUCAUGUCCAACUGCCGCAUCUAAUUUCAGUUGCUUCGAUAAUGAUUUUCUCCGUCUCGAGACAUUACAACAAACACCAUUAAUAAAAUAACAAAAAAAAAGUGAUGAGUUCUUAUGUGGGCCUAUCGACGUCACUGGUAAUCGUUUACACCAAAAUCGACGAUAUCUCGGAUUCUGUUAUUAUUUACAAAAAUGGCAGAACAUGGUUGAAAGAUCUUGAUGGGUCAACGAAUAGUUUGACGGAAAGGAGGAAAACUGGACCGCCGGAAAAUACGACACUAUACACGGUCGCAGAUAGAGACACGCUGACAUCUGUAGCAGCCCGAUUCGAUACAACCCCAUCAGAGCUAACCAAAUUGAAUAGGCUAGCGACCCCUUACAUAUUCCCCGGUCAACAAAUAUAUGUUCCCAGUCGAGAGAUUCCAGAAAACGAAUCUGAAGGAUCCACUCCCGUAGAAGAUUCACAUGACGAUCUGCCACCAGAGGAGAAGGAACUGCUUGAAAACCUGCGUCCCGUCAGUCCAAAACCAGGUCACGUGGAACGCGUUCGAACACCUUCAUAUACGCAAGGUGGCAGCACCGAACAUGAAGACUCGGAGUCGUUCGUGUUUCGCGAACGUUUCCUCAAGAUCAACGUCCGUCACAUCACGGAUGGCCAAGGGGUUGUGGGCGGUGUGCUCCUCGUCACUCCCAACGCGGUCAUGUUCGACCCGAACGUAUCCGACCCUCUGGUCAUCGAGCACGGACCUGAAGCUUACGGCGUCAUCGCCCCCAUGGAGUUCGUCGUCAACGCAGCCAUAUACAACGAUAUCGCCCACAUGAGGGUAGGCCACAUGGAAACCAGCACGGGGGAGAAACCGGAGAUUUACUACCCCAAAUCGGAGAAGGAGACCGACCAAGAUUCUCUGAUGGUGAAGGACGAAACUUUUCCGGAAUUGGUAGCUGGCGAUGACGCUGAGUCUGUCUGUUCCUGUACAGAACGAGAAGGAGACGCUUUCCCGAAAGCUUUUGAAAGAGAAUUGGUCACCCCGACGAAUUUGGACGAUGCCGAAGCUCAGCAGAAAGCUCUAGAAGAGAGAAGGAAGUCCCUGCUGGAUCAUCACUGGGCAAUACCUUCGAGAGAUAGGCAGUCUAUAGACACAGAUGAACUACCAGCAAUUUCAUCGGCUAUUCUUCAAGAAGAACACGUAGAUGAAGAAGAGAAUAGCUUGAAUAAAGAAAGCUGUCAUGAUUCUGGGAUUGAUAUUAGAGAAACUAGUCUGCCACCCAUUUUACCAAUUCAACAGAAAAAGAAAUACAGCGAUGCAGAUAUCGUCCUAUCUAAGGAUUGGGUGCCACCCAUUACUAUUGCCCCAACCACCAUUGGUAUUACCACCGAAACGGAAAGUCCUGGAAGGAAGAAAACCAAUUCUGUGUCUUUCAGUUUGGAUUCCAGUUCGGAAGACACUGGAUUACCUGCACUUUCCACCAGCAGUAUGGAAUUAAAAGAGGAAAUAGAAAAGGCUGAUAGUAGAAAAAAUAAGAUGUUAAAAAGACUGUCCUACCCCUUGUCAUGGGUUGAAACCACUCUCGGAGGGGACAAAGAUGAAGAUAAACCUCCUAGUCAUCCUCAUUCAGCCGCAGAUGUUCAACACUCUUCGAUGUUCUCCAAGGUAUUCUCAAGGCGUUCGUCUGUGGGGACAUUCAUCAGACAACCGACAGAAGGUUCGAAAACUAAAGUACCCCCGCCAAAAUUGGACUACAGAUCAAUGGUUUCUGUUGAGGAUAUGCCUGAAUUAUUUGUCUCUUUCGACAAAUUGAUUCCGAGGCCAGCAAGAUCGUGCGACGAUCCUCCGUUGUACCUCCGAUUGAGAAUGGGUAAGCCAUUGAACAAGCCGAUACCUAGAUCUACUCCGUUGAUGUCGUACGGAAAGAAGAAGAUGCGGCCUGAGUACUGGUUCAGCGUGCCGAAGAACAGAGUCGAUGAGCUGUUUAAGUUUAUCCAAGGAUGGGUGCCUCAUUUGUAUGGAGAAGUAGAUGAGGAAAAGGUGAAAGAAAGAGGAUUCGUCCUCGCAGAGAUGGACACAGAGCUGUGGAGUGACGAACCGACCCCGUCAGCUAGUCGUCAUGGCAGUCAAGAUGGUGAAAUAUCAGAGUUAACCAAAGAAAGCUGGGAGGUUCUGCCCAUGUCCGAAGAGUUCCGCAGAGCCUUUUAUUCAUCGGUAGCCCCCUCAUUAGAUAUAGACCUUUCCCCUCCUGAUCUAAUCGGCACCACAGAAAUUCUGACGGACCACCAUCGAGAGAAUUUAUGUAGGCAUUUACCUGCAAGAGCAGAAGGCUACGCCUGGACUCUGGUCUUCAGUACGAGUCAACAUGGAUUCAGUUUGAAUUCGAUGUAUAGGAAAAUGUACAAACUCGAGUCGCCCAUACUGAUGGUUAUAGAAGACACUGACAAUAAUGUAUUCGGUGCCCUCACUUCCUGUGCGCUCCAGGUUUCUGACCACUUCUAUGGCACAGGCGAGUCAUCAUUGUUUUCCUUCACUCCCGAAUUCAAAGUCUUCAACUGGACUGGUGAGAACCUAUAUUUCAUCAAAGGCAACAACGAGAGCAUCAGCAUAGGUGCAGGCGAUGGUAAAUUCGGUCUGUGGCUGGACGGAGAUCUUUACUUAGGCCGAACAGAAUCCUGCAAGACAUACGGCAAUGAUCCCCUCACUCCAAAAAUAGAUUUUCUGGUGAAGACAUUGGAAUGCUGGGCGUUCGUCUCAAGUUAGAUUCGGAAAGCUUGGAAUUACGAGUUGAGUACGAUGGUCGUUCACAGUGGUGCAUAUCAGGAGCAAAUGGGAUGUAUGAUGGUCAACAUUAUUUUAACAAACUUAUAUUAGACAGAGCUUUAGUCGUAGAAAAGAGAGACGCAAUUGCACAACUGUCGGAUAACUGAUUUAAUUGAAAAGAAUUCAGAUUAUUUUCUUUCUACAUCCUGUCGGAUCUUCGGAAUUUUCAGACUCCUGUUGAUUUGAUAGGAUGUGGAAGUUGGUGAAACGUUCCCAGAACAUAUAGAAGUAACGGCUGCCGUUCACUCAUUAAAACACGUUCAAAUUAGUUUUUUAUGGAUAAUGUUACGAUUAAAGCUGUUAUGAAUAUUAUAUACAUUAUACGCUUAGCUAGCUCAUUAUUAUAACUGUCAAAGAGAUUCUCGAGAAUAAUCUAGACACUCAUCCAGGUUAACUUAGCUGUUAUUUCUAUUGCUCGAGUGUGAAACUUUUAGUUACCUAGUCAUUUUUUAUUGUAUAUUUCGAUAACCAGAUGGCGGAGAAGCCUCGGGUGGAUAACUAUGUGCGAGUCAUUUGUGUCGCUUGCUUACAACGAAUGACUGUUGAUAGAGUAGAUAGGAAAACCACCGUGAAUGACAAAUAUAGUUCAUUUUGAGUUACAUUCCUAAUUACAUGAUUUUUUAAUUGAGUAUUUUUAUGUUUUGCUUUCCAAAAGUAUACUGUUUCAUAGUCAAUACCGUCUUCUUAAUUUUUGGUUGGAAAUCAGUUGUUUCUAAAAAUUCAAUAGCAUAAUUUUGAAUAUUUCAAAUACAGAUUGAGAAGGCAGUGAAUAUUGUACAAUAAAUCCCUGUCGAUUGAAAAUAAAGGAACCGUUACAGUUUGUACAUUACUCACUUUUUUAUUUUUCAUCAUUAGUAUUAUUUUCAAUAGGAUGUCAUAAAUACAUCAACAAUUAUUACAUAGAACAAAUUGUUGCUGUUGAGGCAACAAUAAUUGUCAGUUAAUAAUGAAACAAGAAAUCCUAUCCAAAAAAUUUCAGAGUAUUUUCUUAUACAUUACCUGUGCUGUGCUAACAAUACAUAGUAUUUCAAAUGUCACUAACUACCACAAAUCAUUUCUUUGAACUAACAGGAGUUGAUAUCAAAAUUAUUCAUCAUCCAUAACAAGAGGACCAUAAAACUUUGGAGAAGUCCAGAACCAAUGGAAAAAAAGUAGCGCCCCGAAGAUUUUCUACAAUAAUUUGAAUUAAUUAAUUUUUAAAUUGCAUAUUGUCGAGUUUAUAGUCGUUCACAAAUUCCUUCACGCAAAAUUUGUUUAAGUAUCUGAUAGUACCUUCAACUCUUCCUCUUCUAAACGAAUACUCAACUUUUUUAAUAUCUUAUUUCACUUCAAAGAUAUGAUUGACUGAAAAUCAUUAAAUUAGCCUUUCAAUUACAGCUUUCAUAUAAAAUCCGAAUCCAACAAUCCUUAAUUUUAAUACCUGAACCUCUUGAGUUUAGAAUUGUUUGUUAAAGAAGUUUGGAGUUAGAGGAUUUAGGUUGUGAACAUUGACAAUCAAGAUAAUUUAAUAAAUCUCAAUGGAUCUUAUUUCUGAAACCAAAAAAAAGUUAUUUGAAAAAUUCAAAACUAGUUUCGAAGAGAUAUAGUGGCACUUUCAAAUGCUUAAAAACGA